AUGUCUCAAACCUCAUUUUCACCUCAAUAUUAUCAAGUAUUAGAACAUCUUCAACAGAGUUUUAAAUAUUAUGAUGAUAAAACUAUUGAAGAAGCAAAGCAUGCUUUGGAUGCCCUGCCCACAACUAUUCCAGACACCCACAUCGUGAAUGAGGUUAAAUUAGAUGAAAAGUACCUGACUAAAAGUAAAUAUUACUUGGAGAAUGGUUUGAAAAUUUAUGAAGAC